AUGUCCGCUCCAAAUUUCUCCCACCCAAAUCCCAUAGCAAAAAGGAUUCACGAUUCAUACCCACGUUCUCUUCAACAACUCCGCAACACCGAAACCGUCGUCCCUCCCCUUAACCCCUCCAUCACUCGAACCCUCGUCAACGCCCUCCCUUCCUUUUCUCACCCCGACAUCGUCUACGAAGGUCCCGUCUCCCAAACCCCCAAGUCCCAAUGGAAGUUCUAUAACCAAUGGCAAGACCCCUCUACAUCCCUCAUCGUCCUAACCACCAUCAACCCAAAGCUGCUCACCGUCCUCAAAGAUUUCUUCGGAUCCAUCACAGUCCUAAUGCCAGGAGUGAUACCUCAACCACCUAACCAACCUCACCAGUCGACGGAGCUACCGCACCAACCGGGCCAAACAGACCAACGUCCACAACCUCAACAACAUCAACAACCUCGCCGACGAUACUACAAAUGCCGCCCCUCUAUCAAAUCUGUCACGGGUAAACACCACGAACGCAACCCCUCCUCCAACCCCGCCGCGCCCACUAGCUCCAGCAAAGUAUCAGGCGCCGGCAACCAGCCCUACCAGCUCGCGACCGCUCUGCACGGCGCCCACAACCGCAUCUCCUUUUACGGAAACCUACUCUACUUCGAUCCCCGGUUUUGGCAGGAGGGGGGGUUGUUAACCAGAUACAAGACCGUCAUCCUGGUUGCCGUGCAGAGUUUCAUCCAGCUGCCGUCGGACUUUGGACGGCCUGGUGAUCCAGCGUGGAAAGAGCGGGAUUGGGAUGGGGCGUAUCAUAAGUACUUCUAUGGGUAUGGGAAAGAUGAGCGAGCAAAGGGGCCGGUGGAAUAUAGUGUUAUUAUGAUGUAUAAUGUGAACACUAAACAAAGGAAGGUGGUGGUUACGAAGGGGGUGACAGUUAAUGAGGCCUGGGUGAGGCAGGUUAUGUGGAUGUGCGGGUUUGAGGAUGAGGAUGCUUUGCCGGGGAUGGUGGAAGAAGAGGAAGGGGACGACGGAAAGGGAAAAGGGACCAAAGUGAAGGGGAGAAAACCGGUGGGAGAGGAGAUGUUGACGAAGGUGUGGAAUGCAACUACGGAGCACGUGGAUCCUGGGGACUGGCAGGAGGUGGCGGCGGGGGUUUCGAGGCAUGAGUUGAUUAGGGAGGCGUUGGAGGAGUUGAGGGGGGAUGUUGAGGGGUGGUUGUCGCCGUGA